CUGCCUUUUGUUGCAGCCCCUUACUUUCUCAACAUUUGGACAGAGAGGACUGAUGCCGUGCACGUGUGCAUAUAUGUACAAUACAUGUAUAUGUGUAUAGUUUGGGUGUCCCUUCUCACCUCUGAGGAGCUCCAUGGACUGAAGUGUACUGGGAUACGGACUGAUGGGACCUUCAUGUUGAAUGACCGCACCACACACUGCGCUGCUGUAAAGCCUGCUGCUGACCACCGCACCGCCACCUCCGCUUCAAAUUCGGAUGUCGAGACGUGAGUUGGACGUUCGCUGGAUUUAUCUCAACGAAUUUUGAAUCCACGUGGGUCGAACAUUGUCUUCCAAGAUGGAAUCAGCACCUAAUACAAACACCCAAAAGAUAUAAAAAAGGAGCAAUCCAGUAUAUUUCAUCCGGUGCCAGAUUCCUGUGUAUUGUGUGUCGGUUUGGUUCCCAUGGACCUCAGAAUUGGAGAGCGGGGGAUGCGCCCCGGCUCUGACACGGCCCUCCUCACACCAUUGCACCCGCCGUUGCUUCUCAGCCCAUUUUCCCCGCAGACCCGAACCUCCUUCUCCCAGCACCAACUUCAACAGCACAUACGGUUUAAUAUGGAGCGGCGUCGUGAACAGGAACACCAUGAGAAGCAACAAGAAUUGCAGCAGCUCAAAAACAAGGACAAGAGUCAACAAAGUGCAGUGGCCAGUUCACUGGUUAAACAGAAACUGCAGGAGGUCAUCUUGAAAAAGCAGAAGCAAGCGGCACUGGAAAGAACUAGCUCCAAUACUUUGACUUCUACGCCGGUGACAUACAGAAAACUUGGACCGGAUCAGAGUGUUUCCUCCCAACCUCCGGUCACAUCUCCCACGCUGCCUUCGUCCGAGGUUUCAGAAGGGACACGUUUACGCAGGGCAGCAUCUGAGCCCAAUUUAAAAGUGAAGCAUAAGCUGAAGAAACAUCUCAACACCCGCCAGAGCCCGCUCACCCGCAAAGAAAGCGCCCCACCCACUAUCAGACACCGAGUACCUGACACACUUGACUCAUCGCCCAGCAGCAGCAGCACUCCGGUCUCUGGUUGCAGUUCCCCCAAUGACAGUCUUCCCAGUGAAAAUGGGCUAGUGCCAUCUGCAGGCGGACUUUCACAUGAGGCACAGAAGCUGCUGCUCAGAGAUGGCACUCUGGCAAACUUCACCAUCCAGAGUCCUUCCACUCUGCCGACUAUCACGCUUGGACUACCAGCCAAUGCCAGGGUUGAAGGAGAGCUGUCCACUCUGAAGCUUGGUCGAGGGCCCUUGGUCGCAGCCGGAGCCCCGCAGGUCUUGUUGCCGCUGAGCAGAGAGGAUCAAGCGGGGCAGCUCAGUUCACGACUUCCUGUUAUCAUCCUGGAGCCGUCCGGAUUGGUUCAUGCUCCACUACUCACUGUUCCAACACUCGACUCAGUGCCACUACAGUUUUCCUCCCACUUGGACCAACUGUCCCCAGGGGGUGCCCAGGCCCACAAGCCCCUUAGCAGAACCCGUUCAGAACCCCUCCCGCAAAGCCCCAGGAUGCUUCACUCACACCUCCUCCAACAGCACCACAACACGCAACUACUGGAGCGAUUAAAACAACAGACUCACCUCGGAAAGCUUAUGUCCAAGUCCAGUGAGAAACCCAGACUGCAUCAGAUCCCUUCCGAGGACAUGGACUCAGAAGAUGGUGGAGCAACGUCGCCAUCGGAGCCAGCCUAUCAGAGCAGACUGAGGCCAGAUUCUCUAAGGGAGGCGGAUCUAGCAACAUCCAAUAGUCAAGAGCAGAUCAACCUGCAACAUGCACUCAUACUCAAUCAGUCACUACUGUGGGAACAACAGAAGCAGCUGCAGCAGUUACAUCGACAGAUGGAGACGCUGGCCGUACCGAUGCUUCGUAGCGGCGGAGGCGGUGCGGUCUGUGGCGCGUUGGGUAUGCAUCGGCCUCUAUCACGUACACAGUCGUCCCCGGCCUCUACAUCUCUGACUCUGCCCGAAAAACCUCUGAGCCUAACUGGGCAGGAGUCAAGCAGCAAAUCCUGCUUCACCACUGGUCUGGUGUAUGAUUCUCAAAUGUUGAAGCACCAGUGUGCCUGCGGAGACAACAGCAGCCACCCAGAGCAUGCUGGGAGAAUACAGAGCAUCUGGUCUCGACUACAGGAGAGGGGCCUGAGGGGGCAGUGUGAGAGCAUUCGUGGUCGUAAGGCAACUUUGGAAGAGCUGCAGUCCGUCCAUACGGAGCGCCAUGUUUUGCUCUAUGGCACCAACCCGCUCAACAGGCUCAAACUGGACAACCGCAAACUGGCAGGAAUUCUCUCUCAAAGGAUGUUUGUCAUGUUACCGUGUGGAGGUGUUGGGGUUGACAACGACACCAUCUGGAAUGAGUCGCACACAUCCACGGCGGCACGCAUGGCCGCCGGCAGUGUUGUUGAGCUGGCUGUCAGAGUGGCCAAGGGUGAGCUGAAGAAUGGCUUUGCUGUGGUCAGACCACCAGGGCACCAUGCGGACCCCUCCAACCCAAUGGGUUUCUGCUACUUCAAUUCCGUAGCUAUUGCCGCCAAACAACUCCAACAAAAGCUCAGUGUGAGCAAAAUCCUUAUUGUUGACUGGGAUGUUCACCAUGGUAACGGGACCCAGGAAAUUUUUUAUAGUGACCCAAGCGUCCUCUACAUGUCGCUGCAUCGCUAUGAUCAUGGCAAUUUCUUUCCUGGCAGUGGAUCACCUGCUGAGGUUGGCUUAGGUGCCGGGAAGGGCUUCAACGUGAAUGUGGCAUGGACAGGAGGUCUGGACCCUCCCAUGGGGGAUGCAGAGUACCUUGCUGCAUUCAGGACUGUGAUGAUGCCCAUCGCCCAGGAAUUUGCCCCGGAUGUCGUUCUGGUCUCUGCUGGGUUCGACGCUGCCGAGGGCAACCCCGCACCUCUCGGAGGGUACAAAGUCUCUGCCAAAUGUUUCAGCUUCCUGACUCGCCAGCUGAUGUCUCUAGCAGGGGGCCGUCUGGUUUUGUCCCUGGAGGGAGGUCAUGACCUCACAGCCAUCUGCGAUGCAUCAGAAGCCUGUGUCAGUGCGCUUCUCGGUGCACAGGACCCACUAUCAGAAGAGGUUCUGCUGCAGAAACCAAAUGAUAACGCUAUCCGCUCCUUGCAGACGGUCAUACAAAUUCAAAGUCAGUACUGGCAGAGUGUGAAAGCAUACAGUGGCUCCGUGGCUCUGUCCUACCUCGCUGCUCAGAGACGAGACUGCGAGGAAACGGAUGCCGUCAAUGCUCUGGCCUUGCUCUCUGUGGGAGUUCUUUCCAGUGAGAGCCUUCCGGAUGAGCCAAUGGAACAUGACAGUGACUCCAUGUGAACGCUGGCCUCACUCAACUCCCCUUCAGGAACUAGACUGGGGCCACUUGUAGCACUGGAUCUCCAGCACCGCUCACCAGCAUGGCAAUGGGCGGCAGGGGCAACAAACAAUCCAUUCAUCCAUCCAUCUUGCCUUGUGGCCACACAGACACACAAACGCGACAUAAGCACCUCAACGCUGAGAACCACUCGGCGCCAACCUUGUGAAACCUCACCAAAGAGCAAUACGAGAUGUUUUAUGAACUUGACUGAUAAUGAAUUGUGCCUUUUGUACAGCUCUGAACACUCACACACGCACCAUUCAAGUUUCUCCUUCAAGCACUAUGUUGCAGAUGCUGGCUUUCUCGCCUCAACUUUGCCUUAACAUUCGGACCAAGGACUGCGUCCAUCGGAGGACUUUGGAUUCCUCCCACUCCCGCUUCAUGCCACUUUAACCCCCCCCCCAAGGACAAAUAGAAUGACUAUGGAAAAAGUAUGUAACAUUUUGAGAUUUAAUAACAUCCUGACUGCAGUUUAACCACUAUGUGACACAGCUGCAAUUUUGUUGAAAAAAAAAAGGGCAAAAGUCCUUGUUGCUUAAUUGCACUGUUCAUUCGUUAAUGUGAAGUGUGAAAAAUUCCAAAGCCUGGGUAGAAAACAAUGCUCCGAUGCUCUUAAGAAAUGUUUUUUUUGGGGGGUAAUUGAAAGCUACUUGCAUUGAUCUUUACCCUGCAAUGUCUUAUAACCUCCUAAUAACACCGAUGAACCCAGAUACCGUUGAACUUCAUAUUCCGCAAAGUAAAGCAGCAUUUGCUUUGACUGAUGUAGCACGAGUCAUUGAGUAGCGUUUCUCAUUCCAUCGUGCCAGUAUGGGAAAUGUCAUCCAAGUAGAAGUGCCUGCAUGAAAAUACCCAGCUUUUGGAAAUCAGGGCUUUAAUAGGAACAAUAAUGGGGACCAUAAUGUAUGCAAGGGCUGGGCAUUUUUUGACCUUAUUUCCCAUGGUGAGAUUUAAAUAUUUAUUAACUAUUAGUUGUUGUUUUUUUUGACAAGAACUUCUGUCUGUUCAUUUCCAUACCAGUGGUGUUUUGGGCAGACGUGCGCGCUCAUAGCUACCAGCGUCUCUGCUGGUUGCAGUAUUAUAAUUGAAUUUAGUCUCAUCUAUGUUGCAAUUUGUUAUUUUCAUAAUCCAAGAGUUCUUGAAAACUAACUAAACGAAUGAAUUUGCCUAUCCAAAAUGUAUACUGCGCUUAUAAUUCUGUGGAUUCAGUGAAGGACACAUACCUAGGAAACUGAUGUCCACAUUUAGAUUGGACUUUUGAUUGUAAAACAAAAAAAAAAAUUCAGGGCCAGAAAACAGUUUUGUAGUAUUGUGUACAAAAAGCAAUGCACUGUAUAAAUUUGACUUAUUUUUAUGCAUGUUUUUAAAAUCUAAGUCCUAAUCUAACGAGUAUAACCACUCGAGUCAUGGCGUCAUGUUGGCAAAAUGUUGUCUUUUGUGGAGAGAAGGGCUUCUUUGGCACAAAAUAGAGUGUAGCAAAAAUGAAUCCUCUUGGUAAUCUUCAUUUUCUUCAUAAAAUUAGAAAUCACUUCAACUUGGGGAACAAACAUUUACAUUGAUAAUGUGACCUUUAAUCAGUAUAAUUCAACUAGAAAACUGACAAUUCGGAUUCAAGAAUGCAGCACCUCAGGACAUAAUUGCAAUUAGCCUCAUUUUGCCAGAAAAUCAGUUAGGCAAUUAGGAUUGUAAUAUAGAGCCCAACCUUUUUUUUUUUUUUUAAAACUCAUAUCAGAUUUGUAUUCACAUUUGGAAGAGGCCUAAUUCCAAAUUUCAGAUCUCCAAUUCCAUGCAUUUUUUU